UCCCACAGACUGCUGGUCUUCUGAGAAAUGAACUAACGCUCUUUAAAGAUAGCACUCGUGUUAUGAAGCUCAACUGUGCUGGUUAUUAUGACAAAUCGAUUUUCAUACAUAUAUUUAAUGGAAUACCUUUGUAAUCGCACAUAGUAACAUUGGAGCAUGGAGAAUUAUUUACUCCUGAACAAUAAGAAGGGGGAAGUCAUCGACAUCCAUUUUGAGAAGAAUGAUAUGCUGAGCUCAAAAUGCUCCUGAUCCGUCAUUUGGAAGUGUAUUUCUUAAAACUAAAUGUUGGUUUAAUCCCUCCUUGUGGUGACGCCAUCCCGAGGCAUACAUGAGCAGCGUUUUUGGACCCGCGUGCGCAAUGCUCUUACUACUUUGUGCAUUGGCUUCAAAUGCAGCAAUGGGGCAGUACGACAAGAUGUCAUCGAGGUCAGGUGGAACCAGACCCAACUUCACUGUGUCCAUAGACCCACCCACUCUCUCUUUGGCAGUCUACGUGAACGUGACAACUGAGGUUAAUGUUCGGGUGAGAUUGUGCUACGGGCAGCGUGAGGAAAUCUGCUCCGAACACGAACCUCGAGUCCAAGAACUGGUGACUAAAGAGUCUCCAAGUAUCAACCUGAGCUUCCCCAUCCUGCUGCCCUGUCUCUGUGUGCAGGUGUACUAUGCAGCCCAUGAUGCUGUUCGUACCACUGUGUGUCCCUUUAAGACCCUCGCAUUAGAUGGGAAAGAUGUGUGGCGCACCAGUUACCUGACUGAAUUUGAAAAGAGCUUGAAGUGGCAAUCUCGAUGUCCCCACAAACCUGCUGCUGCCCUCUGCUGGCGAAACCAGAAAAUACCUACCGACUGCCUGGCCAUUGCUAACUCCACCCUGCUUGCUGAUUCAAACACCAACAAUCCUGUGAUAAUGAACUAUAACAUUUCUCAUGUGGACAAACACCCCAACAUAUGUGUCAAGCUGUCUCUAAACAGCAGUUCCCAUGCAUACUGCAUCUUUAAGGAAGAUCUUACUAAAUGGCACGCAGAAGUGGUCCCUGCCUCCCAACACCUGCAAGUAUACAUCAGAAGUCCCGUUCCAGCAUCAUUUUCUGCUCAGCUUUGUGUUAUACAGGGGCAGGAGUGUGUUACCUGGGGUGCAGUCCACUCUGUCAGCAAGGUGAAUGAGGACGGUACCCAUAACAAAGAAUUACAUCUCCCAUUCAUCCAUCUCCAGCCGGAGCUGUGUGUGCAGGUCUGGCAGACAGACCCAUUACUUUACAGCUGGAGACUCUUCUGUCCUUUCUCUUCACACGAGAGGUGGGGCCUUGUUGCUGUGGCAACAGCCAUAGUCGUAACCUCUGGGGCUAUUUUGACAUACCUGAGUUACCAUGCCGCCCGAAGAAGACUCUCAGCUUGGCAGCUAAGAUACAGGCCUGUCCUACUGGUGUGCUCUUCGGAGCAGACAGAUCAGCUGUCUGCUGUAUGUGCUCUGGCCUCCAUCCUGCAGGGGGACCUGUGCUCCAGCGUGCAUAUGGCACAUUUGGCAUCAAGAGGCGGGGGUGUUGCUGACCUGGGGCCCCUGCCUUGGCUGUAUGGCCAGUGUGAGACCGUGUUGGCUGCUGGGGGUCGUGUUCUGGUUGUUUGGAGCCCAGAAGGCAACUCAGCCUACCAAGCCUGGUGUGGACCAACUGCAGAAGAAACGGGAGAGAGACAAAUAGAGAAUGACCAAAGGGGAAAAGAGAAGAGUGAAGGAGAAGGUCAUCACAUGGAGGGAAGUGACAGAAGCAUGGAGCCUAGUGGAGUCACCACAUCUGUCCUGAGGGCAGCGCUGGCUUAUCUACGGGGCAUGUUGCACGGCUACGGACAAAGUCAUGGCUUUGCACUGGUUGGUUUUGAAGGCCUCUGCUGCAGCCAGGACAUUCCGAAGGAGCUUAAGGAGCUUCCGCUAUACCAGCUACCCUGUGAUUUUAGGGCCCUGGUGCAGGAACUGCAUUACUGUCAGGCAGACACUAGGUGGCGGUUUUGGCACAGACUUUUUUCCACCAUGCAGGCAUACAGGGUGGCAGAUAAGCUGGCACACAAGUUACAGCUCCACAUGCCAGCAGCACAGGCAUGAAAGGGCAGGGGCAGCACUGUGUCUGGUCAGACAAGCCAGACCGGAAAUAGCCAGGCCUGACUGAGCAAGAACAUCACUUACUAUCCACUUAGGGAAGCCUCCAAAGCCCAGAAUCACAGAUCUCAUUGUUUUAAUAUAAUAAGUCCCUUUGCUGUGGGUGGCAUGAAAAGUUAGGGUAUAUCCUUAUAGGUAACCUGUAAACUGGUAGAGCACGGUUUGAGAAAUUCCACUGAAACGUGUUUAUUAUGUCAGUAUUCGGGAGGGGAAAAAAGGCACUUUCAUUCAGAAGAGGCCUUCAGUGGUGUUUUCUUUUGAACGUAAAAAAAAAAAUGGAAAAGAUUACAUCAUGCAGACAAACUAAAUCCGUGGUUUGAAGAGAAUAUAUGCAGAUCCAUUGUCAAAAUUAGAGCACAGUUCAUACUGCUGUCAGUGGACCUAAUGUAAUCUAAAAAUUAGUGAUGCUAUUAUGUAUCAAAUAUUGUUAGAAAAUUAAUAGUAAUAAACAAUAUUCAUAGAAGGAAAUGUAUCAAAUACAUUUUGUCUGCUGUGUUUCCUGGAUAUUUGCAUUUCAGGGUUUUUUCAAAAUCAAUAGCUUCAGGCUUAAAGUCAAUACGUUUUUGUGUGAGUUGGAGUGGAUAUAUAGCAAAGCAUGCUUGAGUGUCAGAAAGGCACUAUAUAAAUAAAACAUUAUUACUUCCUGUUUAUCACAGUCACUGUUAACUUUGGUACAUUUUUGUUGCAUUACAUUUAGCUCUGAUGGUGUGUGUGCGUGUGUGUGUGUGUAUUUGUCUCUAUCUAAAUAGCUCGAAGCGCACACCUGAAAAUUUUAAUGAACCUAUGGCACCGGUGCCUCACAGUUUCCUCAUGAGUUCUCCAGUUUCCCACACGGUCCAAAAAAAGUCCACAAACUAUAGGUGUAUGUGUGCAUGCACUUGCCCUGCAAUGAGAUGGUGCCCCGUCUUGGGUUGUUUCCUGCUUUGUGCCCAAGGUUUCGAGGACAGACUCCAGACCCCCGCGACACUGUGCAGGGUAUUGAAAGUGGAUGGAUGGAACUACUACAUGCCACUACAUAGUUCAAUUUUUAUUCUGCAGUAGAAAGCAGAACAACUUCUGUUGUUGACAGAUACACCUGAAACUAAAUGGAACAAGGAAUUAAGCAAGCAGACUAUCAUUACCAGACCAGACCCAAACCUGACCAGCAGCAUUCCUUCAUAACAUUUGCUGUACAACUUGGUUAACUGAGGUAUGCAAUAGCCUCCAACUCUGUCAUCAGGCUUCAUUGUUGCUGACAAGGUGCUGCACAGCCUUCCACUUCAUACCUGAAUGACACCAAUGAACCAACAGACAGUGAUCAUCAGUCUUCAACAAUGACAUUGUUCUGCAACCAACUGAUCGCGAUCUUCACUUUUCACCAAUGACGUCCUGCAAUUGACACUGAUCAUUUUUCACAUCUGAGGUGUACAGCAUACAUUAAUCAUAUUUACAGAUACAGUGAAUAUACUCUAAUAGGUACUAUAACUAUAUAAGGAAGCACAGUGCCAUGUAUGAGGUGUGAGUUUUAUUUUUAUAAUGUACCAUAUUUACAUUUAUAAUGUUUUCCAGUGUAUGUUAUUACACUCAGCAAGAAUACUGGAACUGCAGAUGUAAUACCAAUUAUACAAAAACCUUAUUGGAAAAUAAAAAUAUGAAUUAAUACAUUGAGGUAAGUAAAUAAGAUGUAUGUAUUAUUUACAUAAGUUUUCUCAAAUUGCAAUAAAUUUAAUUAGUCCUUUAAGUUGUGCUCUUAUGAAUGCUAUGUUAGACCAUUCUGUCUAGUAUGGUCUGUUCAAAUUAUGGCAAAAAAAACAAAAAAUAAGUUACCAAAUAGGAUAUCUGUAUAAAAUGUAGUCUGUUAUUUUGGCUUUGCUCAGCUAUGCUUAAGACCAGGGCCGGAUCUAGGGAAGUGCUGGACUGGGCUAUGCCCCCCCUCCCCCUGAUAAUACAGACUUCUGAUUUGUAGCCAUAAAAAUGCAAAGUACAGAGAGGUUUUCUUCCCUGCCAACCAUUCUGCUAACAUUUGAUUGGUUGAUCAGGUUA